GAUGUGGCGCGAUAGAACGUUAGCAGCACUAGAUGCAAUAUUGCCGAUCGCCAGUACACGCGAAAUAAGACGAUAUCUGCUUGUGUAUGACGUGAUCUAACCGGAUCUGCUUUACGUACUUACGCGGAGAAAAGUACGACUCCACUUUUCCAUCUAGUUUGUCUACUAACCGGAGAUCCAAAGUAUCUCGGACGAAAAUGGCCAGAAAAGUCUGUCACGUCAUAUUGAUUAUUUCAUUGUUGACUAGUGCUCAUCUGGGGAUGGCUGCUCCUAAUUGGGUGACCGAUUUUACAAACAAUAUCAAUAGACAGGUGGCGAGUUUGACGCAAAAUUUGGAAAGACAAAUAAAUUAUACAGUACAACAAACGCUUGCGGAAGUCAACAAAACACUCGAGAAUCUACCAAGAGAUGGACAAGGACGUUUAAUAACAAAUGGACAAAUAAUAACUGGCGGCAACAUCAUAAAUGUCAAAUCUGUAAAUGGUGCUAGCAUGAUACAGACAAUCAAUUCUGGUUAUAAAAACGGAGAACCAUACGUGAUUGUUGUUAAUGAACGAAAUGAUGGAAAUUAUCUUUAUCACGACGAGACUACUUACUAUCCAAAAACUAAUGCUACCGAGAGAAUUCACUGGAGAUUGGAUCUCACAAAUCCAAAUGCUGAACCUGAAUUCUUCCCGAAUGAGCAAUAAAACAAUACGUUUUUAUUUUCAUGUUCUAUAUUACGGGAGUUUUUUGUGCGUCAGAGCCGUGGUUUGUUUAUUGGUCAUUUUAUUUGGCGAAUCAUUUAGAUUGAGAAGGAGAAGUGAGUGGCGAUUGGAUUGUAGUGGAAUUAUAUAUUCUUUUAAUGAAAUAAAAACGUGAAUUUCUUGUAAUCAUUAUAACUUAACUUAUUUGAAUAAAAAACUUAAAAUAACAGGA